UCCGGAAGCUGUCAGCUGUAAACACCGCAUCAACUGCAAUGAGUUUUGAGUGGCCCUGGCAAUAUAGUUUCCCCCCGUUUUAUACGCUCCAGCCCAAUGUUGACACCAGACAGAAGCAGCUGGCGGCCUGGUGCUCGCUGGCUCUGUCGUACUGCCGGCACCACAAGCUCUACACCCUGGACCUCAUGGAGGCUCAGGAGAGCCCCGUGUUCAACAACAAGAAGAUAGAGCGAAAAUUGUCAAUCGAAGCAAUUCAAGUUGUGUUUGAGGAAUUAAGGAAAAAAGGAAACCUGGAAUGGUUGGACAAGAACAAGUCCCGGUGCUUAGUCAUGUGGAGACGACCCGAGGAAUGGGGAAAGCUAAUCCACCAGUGGGUUUCCAAAAUCGGGAUGGCCAACUCUGUGUUUACUCUCUUCGAGUUGUCCAACGGUGACGACUCAGAAGGCGAAGAGUUCCACGGCUUGGAGGACUGGAUGCUGCUGCGCUCGCUGCAGGCGCUACAGGCGGACGGCAAAGCCGAGAUCAUCAUCUUGGACGACGGGAAGGGGGUCAAGUUCUUCUGAAAGCGGCGCUGGGACAUCACACACACUGAGGGGCCUCCCACUGAACCUCGCGGGGCCCAGAGGAUGCUCGUCCUGCAGUUGUUGUUGCCGCGAAACCCUUUUUCUUAUCGGAAAAGAACCAAUAUCAUUUCUUUAGUGUUUUUUGGGAGAAACAAAUGAGCUUUUGAGGCGACACUUGUUCCAUUUAAACAUGCAAUGGGCCUUUUCAGGGGACUGAAUACUAUCUGAAUACUCCAGGGGAAAUUUUCUCCCCACCAGCUGUGUUUUCAUUGUAAAUACGACUAGUUUUAUCGCUUCUUUUCUCUCACAUAUUAACAAAACUCCUCGUCAUAGUUGGCCGUGGAUCUUUUGCUCCGCUGUUUUUCCGUCUGAGCCAACGAGACAUCCCAAAGAAAUCCCAGAACGCAACACCAGGGGGACUUUUUAUUUUGAGAAGAGGAACACCAGAGAGACUCCACUGUGUGCGAUAACAGUGGACUUCAUCUACAGACUGCUGUCAUCCUAUUCUUGUGCUGUAGCUACUGUUAUAUCCUCUCUUUCUGUCUAUUUUCAACUUUUCUUUUCCUUUUUCUUUUUUUCAUAUCCUGUAGGAAAAUAAAAUCGAAAUUUACUAUA